CAUGCCGUCAACACAUUCUUCGGCUGUUGUGUGCAUGGCGGUGUACAUCACUCUCGCAGCUGCGCGACUGCCGCUCCAUUCGUCUCUGGUGGUUAUAUCUGAGAGGCCGAGGGUGGAGUUCAUGUUGCGUGUCGUCGGAUCGCUGAUGGUUGAUGCCUGGGCUAUGCUGAUUGUGAUGUCUCGAGUGUGGUUGGCUCAGCAUACAGUGAAUCAAGUAGCAGGUGGCGCCUUGUUUGGUGCCGUGUUCGGACUAGUUUCGUUUGGGGCAUAUGUAGGUGGGUUAAACAAGAUUGGAUGGGCACUAGAAGGAUGGUGGAUGGGUCGUGAGGUGGAUUAGGUUGCAGGGCAAGUCUUAAUAUGUCACUGGCCCCUUUGCAUUAUUGUGUGUCUCGCAUCACAUUCCCCAGAAGAAUCAAAAGACUCAACGACGUGAUGUCCCUUUCUGACCCC